GCCGAUGUGCCCCCCGAGAUUGUAACGUCAGUCAAUCAGUGCUGUGUCUAAACGCGGUCGCCCACGGUGGGAGUUCUCCGUUCUCGCAGUACUUUUCGACCAUUUAAUUAGCCGGUUCCGUUUUUGGUUCGGGUGCUGAAGAUUUAUUGGCUUUUAUGUUUCUUGGUGCGCAACAGGUUUGCCCUAGAAUCUGUUCGCUCUUGAAAUCGUAGGUUAAAUCUCCACGGGGUGCGCGGUUGCCUGGCAGGAUCAACGGCUUUGGAGCUGGGACUUGCUCUUUGUGCUGGUAUCACCCGUCAUCUCCAGUUUACAGCGAGACACCCUCAAGUCAAGCCUUUGCUUUCUGUGCCCGAACUGCAUGCACAGUGUGUGCGGCGUUGCAGCGUGGAGAAUCCGUUAUGAAGGCUUUGGAGAGAAACGGACUCGCAAGGUGCACGGAAGACAUGGAGAGGAAAGUGGUGUCUCACAAACGGCCGUACUGCAGGACUUUUACGAGCGUCCUUUCGUUGUUGUUUUCAGUCGCGUCUCUCGCCUACUGCGUGUUUCUAAGUGUGCAAACAUCCGAGAUUAGAGAGCGUGUGGCGGAAUUGGAAAACGGCAAUGCCGAGCUUCUGUAUCGCCCGGUUCCUGGUUUAGCAUUGGAUAAACUAAAUUCAAUGAUCCAUGACCGAGUCGAUCAACUUCUGUCACAGAGGUCCUAUGAACAUUUUGCCAAGAUGCGGAUAGCGAGACAAGCGCCGGCUGAUUGCAACUGUCCACCAGGACCCCCAGGGAAACGAGGGCGUAGAGGCAAGGACGGCGAAGCAGGACCUUCCGUAAGUACCGCUGCUGCUCCGCCUUAGCGUGUCGCCGUGUGUAUGACAUCACAGCAGGUAAAGAUCCCUCAUUAUCACCGUGAUCCAGAUCAGGCCAGGG